AGUCAAUCCAAUUCACACAAAGACUCUCAUUGAGACAAUCGCACAACUAUGCCGUCCGACUCCGAACUGUCCGACGUUGCAGUUCCCUCUGAUGCUAUCUUGGAAAAGACCUUGCGCGAUAUCGUACGCAAGGCCGAAGUCGAUCCUAUUACUGUCAAGAGAGUGCGCACCGCUGCUGAAGAACGUCUGGGCCUAGAUGCCGGCUUCUUCAAGAAUCAUGACGUUUGGAACGAGCAAAGCAAGGAAAUUAUAGAGGAUGCAUUCAACGAGCCCUCUCAGAAAUCUCCCUCACCCGAGCCCACCCCACAAAAGAAACCAACUGCUUCCAAGCCCAAGACAACAAAGCGAGCCUCCACGACCAAGGCAAAGACAGCCCCUAAGCGCCAGAAACGUUCAUCGUCCGAGUCCGACCAUUCCGAGUUCGAGUCCGAGGAAGAGAAACCCAAGCCGAAGUCAACUCAAAAGAAGCCUACAGCUGUCUCAAAACGUGUAAGUAAGCAGACAGUUGAAUCGGAGAACGAGGAAGAAGUCGGAAACAAUGGACCAGAACACCCGGAUGAUGAAUCAAUGACCGAGGCACAAGAGGAGGAGGUGAAAGAUGAAACCAAAGCUGCGGAUGAAUCCGAGAGCGAGAUGUCGGUAGUCCUGGACGAAGCGCCACCGAAGAAACAGCGCAAGAAGAGCACCAGCACCGACAGCAAGGCCAAGGCGAAGCCAAAGGCUAAGCCAAAGACCACCAAAGCUGCUGCAAAGGCCACAAAGGAUGAGACUCCAGACGAAGCCGAGAUUAAGCGUCUUCAAGGUUGGCUGCUCAAGUGUGGCAUCAGAAAGCAGUGGUCCCGUAUAUUGGCUCAGCAUGGAUGGACGCUAUUCUGAGCAGAAGGCCAAUGCUAUAAAGGAACGCCGUGAACUCGAAGCCGACCUGGAAGCUGUACAGCAGGGAAACAAGCAGUGGGGUAAUGAGGAAGACAGCGGUGAGGAUGGCGAGUCCGAGGAAGUUGAAACUGCCCCAAAGCCUCAACGCAGAGCAGCAGCGGCAGCCAGAUUCGUCGAUUUCAGCGACGAGGAUGAUGAUGACGAGUAAUGAGUACUAAAUCCCUGACCCUCUCAAUAGCUCAUCGCUGAGCAGUUGAUCGUUGAGCGACUAUGCUGAAAGCAGCGACCGAAGAGAUGAACAAAACCAAGUUGUAGAACUAGAUGCAUACUUAUAAGCAUGUAUUCUAUCAAAACAUCAUAAUACUUCACAAGCUCUCAAUGGGG